CGAUAAGUUACACUUGGGGUAAGCUUCAAUUGAGGUACCAUGACUUGAAUUAGUGAUACUCAUCUACUUAAGGUGAGUCCAUAUCGCUAAUUGAGGUAGCUUCAAGAUCUGUACUAGUCAUGACAGUUCAAAAAGAGUCACCUAAGCUCGAGGUAGCGAUCGCUGGUGGUGGCAUCGCCGGCCUCAUCACAGCAAUCGCACUCCUCAAGCACCCAAAUGUCAACGUACAAGUCUACGAGCGAGCACCCGAGUUUAAAGAAAUCGGCGCAAGUAUAGCUCUGGGCCCAAAUGGCCUCAGAACACUUGACCGCCUUGGUGUUGAAAAUGCUCUUGUUGAGGGCUUCGCUCAGCGUCAAAAGUCAGGGUACCCCAUGAUAUACCGACACUGGAAGACUGGAGAAGUCAUCGACUAUGAUGUACACACCUCAGUGAAGACAAAGAAGCAUGCGACAGCGAGGUUCCAUCGUGCGCACCUUCACCAGGCGCUGUUGGAGAAUUUACCGGAGGGUGUUGUUCAUUUGGGGAAGACGACUGUUGAUGUCAAGGCGGAUCCUGAUGAGGGAGCUACACUUUACUUUGAGGAUGGGACGACGGCGACAGCUGAUGUCGUCAUUGGGGCGGAUGGCCUUCGAUCGAAAGUCCGCAAGACGUUUGUACCUGAACAUGAACUGCACUGGACAGGCUGGGUCGCUUUCCGGGCUGUCUUCGAUGCCGACAGAUUGAAGGAUGUUGACUAUCCCGAGGAUGCAGCUCACUGGGCUGGUCAUGAGACGACCUUCUUCCAUUCACAUCUAGGCAAAGGUCUAUUCACCAUCGUCGGUGGCUACCACGCCGAUCCCAAAGACCCCAAAUCACCAGGCCAAGAAGCAAAGUGGGAUGAAGAUGGCAGUGUCGAAGAGUUCAAGAGGCUAUACCAAGUAAGUAACCCCUCCCGUCGGACUCUUCACCAUGCUGACACCCUCAAGCAUUGGAACCCAACAGUCCGAGCCUUCAUAGACGCAACGCCCUAUGUCAAACUCUUCCCCAACUACGCCGGCGCAGCUCUUGAUACGUGGUCCUUCUCCAAUCGUGUAACGCUCGUAGGCGAUGCGGCUCAUACCCACGGAGGAUCCUUCGCAGCAGGGGGCUCACUCGCCAUCGAUGAUGCAUAUGCCUUGUACCGCUCGCUCGAUCAUAUUUGGCCUCCUUCAUCAGCGCAAACGGGAAAGCCUACGAAAGUUCAACUUGCACAAGUCUUUGAGCUCUAUGAAGCAACUCGCAAACCGCACCUAGAUAAGCUCUUGGGUAUUGUACAUAAGAACAUUUCGGGACAGAAGUCGAAUAUCGAGCGGGCGACGACGGAGACGGAUGAGCAGUUAAGACGGAGGGUGAAGGAGAGGAUGAACCCUUUGUGGAUUAGUGAGCAUGAUGUUGUUGCUGCGUUUGAACGGGCCAUUGAGAGGAUAGAAGGCGGUGAGAAGACGGUGGAGGAACCUCGCGCAAGGCUGUGAGCACUGGGCCCAGAUAGAUCUGGUUCAAUUCUAUUAGUAUAAAUAUUAUCUCC